AUGGGAUCAAACAUCCUGGUCACUUCAGUUUAUGCAAAAUGUGAGGUUGUUUUGAGAGAACAACUAUGGAAUAACCUAAGGGAUAUCUCUCAGAACUACAAGCUACCGUGUUAUAUUGCAGGCGACUUUAACUGUAUUAUUGAUCCAAGUGAAAAACAGGGCGGCAACCUUCAUCGAAUGUCCGAGAGCAUGCCUAUGAUACAAUUCAUCAUGGACUGUGAUCUCAUUGACCCGGGCUUCUCAGGCUCACAAUUCACAUGUGGGUGGGCUCCUAACAAGAGAAUUUGGAAAAGGCUUGAUAGGGUGCAGGUGAACCAAGAUUGGAUGAACAAUUAUGAUUCUACUAGUGUCAAUCGCUUGAUCAGAACAGGAUCCGACCAUUCCCCCCUCCUUACUAAGAACACAUCCCAACCCGCUACCAAGCAUUUCAGAUUCUUAGACUUCUGGACUAACGAAGUAGGUUUUAAAGAGGUGGUAAAACAAGCAUGGGAUAUAGAGGUUCACGGCUCCCCUAUGUGGAAAUUCCAUCUGAAACUUAAAAAUACUUGCAAAUGCCUAUCCCACUGGUCUAAGACAUCUAUUGGAAAUAUUUUUGACAAUGUCAAAGAUCUGGAGAAGAAGGUGGAGGAAUUGGAGCAUAAGAUCAUUACAAACAACAAUGAGUACAAUAGAGCCGAGCUUAUGCGUAUUAAUGCUCUCUUUAUCAGGGCCUAUAAAAAUGAAGAGUCUAUAUGGAAGCAAAAAUUUGGGAUCAAAUGGUUUGUGGAAGGGGAAGUUAAUUCUAAAUUUCUUCACUCCAUUGUCAAGGGCAGAAGGAAGAGGUUGACCAUCAAGAAGAUCAGACUUAAUGAUGACAAUUGGAUUGAAGGAGAUGAUCAUAUUGCCAAUGAAGCUGUAUCCCUUUUUCAGAAUCAAUUUACUAGAGAAUAUACUGACUCCAAUUUCUCUAUUCUUAAUUGUAUACCUAAAGUAAUUAAUGAAAUGGACAAUGCAAAUUUCACUGCUAAUCCUACUAUGGAGGAAUUGAAAGUAGUUGUAUUCUCCUUGAGCCCAUCCAGUGCACCCGGACCAGAUGGGCUCUCUGGGAAAUUUUAUCAGUCAUGUUGGGACAUUAUUAAGGAGGACCUAUUACUAAUAGUUUCUGAUUUCUUUGCAGCGGAUCCGGAAUCCUUGAAGAUGAUGAUGGACAAGAUGGAGACCUAUGAAAAGAUCUUGGGACAAUUAGUAAAUAAGUCUAAAUCUGGUUUCUAUGUCAACUUCAAAGAUGAUGAUCCAAGAAUCAACCAAAUCAUGCAGACCACUGGUUUCAACCAUUGCAAGUUUCCAAUGCAAUAUUUAGGAUGUCUUAUCUACAUAUGGAGAAAAAAAGUCGUUUACUUCAACAACAUGGUGGCUACCAUAGCAAAAAGACUCCAAGGCUGGAAAGGUAAAUUCCUAUCCUACGGUGGCAAAUCUGUUCUUAUCAAAUCUGUUUUGCAGGCUAUCCCACUCCAUAUCCUAUCAGCAGUUCACCCGCCUAAGACGACUUUCUACCAGAUUGAGAAGAUCAUCUCCAACUUCUUCUGGGGUUGGUCCAAGGCCAGAUUUGGAAGAACAGAUGUUCAUCUAGGUUUGAUGAAAAGCACAUGUCACAUUGCUUCAUCAUCCAGCAAGUGA